UGUGAUGUUACACAUCAACUGUUUACUUUGAUCAUAAUUUUCUUACUUUUCGUUAGUCCCAUCGUACUAAUUGCAACCUUCCGCAUGGAACGUUAUUACGACAACACAGUGGUGGCUGUGUGCUUCACAUCAGCGGAAACAUUCUGGUCGGCAUUCUUUUUCAUCGCUUGCAUUGCCAUAUUCUUUAUUUUACCCUUCAUCGUGUUGGUGUUGCUCUAUGUUGCGAUUGCUUACAAACUUUUACGUCGCAACAUUGACUUUCAUCGACCUACCACAGCCGCUGCGCAUGUACGGUCCACUACUAACCUGAGCUCGGUUAUCUUGCGCCAACAAUCAUUAAACAAACUACCACUACAGAUGACACGCAGUGACACUGAUAAUAACCGUAGCGGCACAUUAAAUAUUGGCGCAAGCGCUCAACAGCUACGUACAGGUAUGCGGAAGCAUCGCAAGCAGGUGAUUUUCAUGUUAGUUGCGGUUGUAGCCAGUUUCUUUCUUUGCCUUUUGCCAUUCCGUGCUUUCACAUUGUGGGUUAUCGCCGCAUCGACAGAGGAUAUCGCGGCACUUGGUAUUGACGGUUAUUAUGGGGUUUUAUACUUUUGUCGCAUAAUGCUCUAUUUGAAUUCGGCUCUAAAUCCGAUACUCUAUAAUCUUAUGUCAUCGAAAUUCCGCACUGGAUUUUGGCGUUUGAUUAUUUCCUGUUGCAACAAACAUAGAAAACAUCCGAUAGGACGUGGCAAUAGGCGCACGACCGCAACGACAACAACAACCAGCCGACAGCAAACUGAGCCAAAGCCACUAAGAACUUACGAACAACGUCGUUUAAGAUUCAAACGCGAAUCAACAUUUGCAGUGAGCUCGUCCAUUUCCACAUCUUCAGGCACGGAGCGAAGUACCAGCGUUACUAUAGUAGCAAGUCGACCAGUUAUGGCUCCACGAUCAGGGGUGGGUGCGGCAAUAAUAGAUAUAACCAGAAGUACUGUAUCAAGUGCAUGCCCUUUGGAAAGUGAUGAAAACGGAAAAGAGGGAGAUCUUAUCACUUGAGAAAAUUUGCAGCUGGCUGUAUUUCCUAUGCAUAUGCCCAUGGCAAAAGUUACUCUAUAAGUAAGACUGAUAAACCUCGAAGUCAAUAAUAAAUGCUUUCAAUUAAUAUGCUUUUGGUAAAAAGGGAGUUAUCUGUGGUCCAAUUAAGUACUUAAGCACAUCCAAUGUUGAAUUUUUUCAUUCUUUCUUAAAGAUAUGAUUGUAAGAUAUUUUUAAGAAUAACGUACAUACAUAUGUAUGUACUUAAGUGCUAUAUAUAAUAAAAGUAUAAUAACUUCAGAGUAAAUGGAUAUAAUAAAAUAUAGUGUUAUUUAAGUGGUUGAUCCACAUUCAUUUGAAUAGUUGAAUGCAGUUGAAGAUCGCAAGUUAUAACUUAACGAACUGGUAACCACUAUUUGCUUGUGUAGUUGGAAUAGCUGUACCUACAAGAUUUUUAAUAUAUGAAAACACAUUUUUUUUACUAAUUUCAUUUAAAUUGCGUAUGUCGUAUGUACUUUUUAUUUAUUAAGG